AUGGAAAUAAUUCAAAAACAUAGAGUAGAAGGAGAGGAUUAUAUCAACAAGAUACCAACUAUCAUAAUUUUAAAUAUAAUCAAUCAUGUAGAUGAUAAUGUAGAUUUAGUGUGCCUGUUGUUAUCUUGUAAAAGGUUAUUCCAAUUUUCUACUACCAAUAAUCAUUAUCACCAACUAUCAUUUAAACAUAUUGAAUUCAAUUACCCAUUAGUAUCAUCAAACUAUAAUGAAACAAUAAAAAGUUUCACUCUUCCACAUCUCCAUCUUGGAUCAUUCUCUAGAAUGUUUACAAAUACAUUUUCAGAUACAAUGAUUUUAUCAAACCAAGUGAAUAUCAAAGACAAGGAAAGGAUCGACCAAAAUAGAAAUAAUGAAAAAAUGACCAAAUUAGUCGAUGAACUAUUUAAAACCAUCACUACCACUGAAUCUUGUAAAGCUUGA